UGCCUCGACCGCCACCGACGCUUUCCGACCUUAUGUAACAGGUUAGAAAACAAGGGGAGGAAGCCUCUUUAUACAUGUCCUUACGAAGUUUCGGCUGCUAACACGUGAAUUGUCAAAACCGAAUGAUCGUGUAAAGCUUGAGCUGGCGAGUAUAAAGAAAAAGAAACGCAACAGGUACACGCCUGAAAAAAUUUGACGAUAGUGUGAAGCAAGUAUGUCGUACACAAAUCGCUUCCCGUCGACGAAAAAUACACGUUACCGCAGUAGUUGGGGUCCUUCAUCGGUCUCUGUUUUUCAUAGAGCAGAUGUGCCCAGGUUAUCAGCCGAAGAAGAGGAAUACGCUGAAUUCUAUCACGAGCGACUUCAUUCAGCGCAGAGUAAACAACUCAUUCCUCUACAAGAGGACCUGGCCGAGUGGAUCAAUAAAACUUUAAAUAUCGACCACAUAACAGGAGAAAACUUCUUUGAUGCUCUUGACAACGGUGCAAUACUAUGUCGUUUAGCAAAAAUUAUUCAAGAAAAGGCUCGGUUGACUAUUGAUACUAGUAAAGCUAAAGGGGCAGUACCUACUAUAAGAGGACGUUGUUGGGAAAAGGCCGCACGACGUAGUUUUUUUUCAAGGGACAAUAUGGAAAAUUUCAUACAAUUUUGUCGUCAACUUGGUGUCCACGAAAAUCUCAUCUUUGAAAGCGAUGACCUUGUUUUGCAUGGUCAGCCACGUAAUGUGGUAUUGUGCCUAUUGGAGGUAGCAAGACUCGCAUCCCGGUACUCCCUGGAACCUCCAGGUUUGGUACAGUUGGAGCGGGAGAUCGCUGCUGAGCAGGAAAGAGAUUUCCGCUGUCUCUCGAACAGUGGUAUGUCGCAUAACAGCCUCGUUUCCUGGCGAUUUCAAUCGUCUUCUCCUUCGACUUUAGCUAGACCUUCUGCGGAGAAGAUGAAACAUAGCAGCUCUGCUAUGGAGAUGUCAACGAGUGCCUCGCGAUGGUUGGAGCCAACAACAACUUUGAUCCAUGAGCCGGAGAUGAGAAGAUCAGUAAGUGACAACGGACCGACAGGCAGCGACGGUGUAUCAAGCGACACGACGGAAGACGAGUGGUCUCGUGGUAGUGUUGAGGAUCCUGAUGACAUUCUUUCACCCUCUAGUUCGCCAUCGCCAUCUUCGAUUGAGUUAUCUAAGCACGCUGGCCCAAUUACGGAACUUGAUCGAAAAGUAAAAAGAGCUACAGAGGCUAUACAGAGACUCUGUCAGUGUCCAUCUAGCAAAUGUAGUAAAAUUAAAGUCCACAAAGUUGGAGAAGGACGUUAUAAUAUUGCCGGACGAAACGUAUUCAUCAGGCUUUUGAAAGGACGGCACAUGAUGGUGCGAGUGGGCGGUGGAUGGGAUACUUUGGAGCAUUUUCUAACCAGGCAUGACCCUUGCCAGGUGAGGGUCCUCAAUCGUGAGAGUACACCACCUUCUCACAGCACCAGCAAGCACAGCAAUAAUUUUCUUCACAUUCGCGCCAAAUACCGCAGUCCACCGAAUCUUGAAUCUUUAUCAGCUCACUAGCUUUUACUAUUUUCAUCGAUUUUUCAUCAAUGCACGUUCAUAGUAUAUACAUCUAGUUAUAUACAUAGUGCCUGCUAAGAAUUGAUAAAAUAAUUUGUUGCAAUAUCAAAUGUUAUUGUCACUCUUUGGCACAUAAAUCCGAGUUAUCUUAAUUCUUUAAGU